CGUAAGCAGUGCCACAUCAGCAGUGCCAUGUCAGACAGUGCCACGUCAGACAAAGUGCCACGUCAGCAGUGCCACGUCAACAACAUGACGGGCCUGCCAGGCCAACUGCCCAACGAGUCCCUUGCAGCCUACAAGCAGCGGUUCCAGGCUCAGAUAGAGGCUGAGGAACAACGCCAGCUGGCAGCCGAGGCUGCCCRCGUACAGGCUGAAGAGGCAGCAACAGCAGAGCAACUGCAGCUAAAGGCCGAUGCAGACGCAGAUGCCCAGGCUCGCCGCAAGGAAGCCCAGGAUCUGCUGCAGCGGCAUGAAGCCAACACCAUCGACAAACUCAAGUUCAGGCAUUUUGAACCGAACGGCGACGAGGCAACACCGGAAGAGAAGCACAAGGAUUUCCUCUCCAAACUCGUGACAAGGUUGUUGUACGCGUGCAACUACCAACGGUCAGAGUUGGAGAGACAGUACCAGGACCUGACGCAACAGCAUCAAGAGUUGGCACAGCUCCUCCGCAUGGUGCAGAGCCACGAGGAUGCAACUCGGGCACUCAAUGCCCGAUUGCUGGACCUGGAACAGGCUGUACCAGGACCAGCUGCUGGGGCUUCCAGCAGUGCACCCUUUAGCCGCCAACUGGAGGACCGCGUUGACCACGUAGUGGCAAUGCUCGACGACAUCAGCACUUUCGCUGCGCCGACCACCACCAUCAGCAGUCAGCUGCUUACAUUGAAGACCGAGGUCCAGACGCUGCACUCGACGAACGCGGACGACAAUCCGAAGAUGUACAAGAUGCCAACUUUCAACCUGGAGAGGUUCGACGACUACACGCAGCAGGAUCCGGUCCUCUGGUGGGAAGCAUUCACAACGCAACUCAGGAUUCUGCCCAUAGCCAAGCAUGCGUACAUCGGCGCCCUAUUCCUGAACUCAAAGGGCGGAUGCGAGACCUGGUUGAGCCACCUGGCAACCUCCCACGACGUCGACGUACCAGACUUGAAGGACAAAAUCACAUGGGAGGAACUGACACGGCUGUGGAAGAAGCGGUUCAUCGUCGACGACGCGCCAAAACUCGCCAUCAACCGACUGUUCACCAUGUCACAGGGCAACACAGGAACACGGGACUGGCUCACGGAAUUUGAAGAGCUCGACCCGUUGACGUUCACGGGCUUCUUGUGGAUGCCCGUUCCCUCGACCGCACGAUUGCCGAAACCGCAUUGCAAUGUGCUCAUGGCACAACUGCGGGACUACUUGCACACUGCAGUACCAGCUCCGUUGAUGGACGCCGGAGCAGAGGUUGUCGACCUUCACGUUUACAUCGCGAAGAUCGACCGCGAGUUCAAGACGCAACGGACUUCAUGGUGUACGCUGGCCUUGGCCCACGCGUCCGGAGGAAGCCCCAGCCUACGCCGGUGCUAUACGUACACAUUGGCGGAUGGUCACAUGCACAAGUCAAUCGACCGGUGCAUUGACAGCGUCCCAGUGUACUUUGCCCCUCACCCAAGUGAGGCGGUGUCCUUUGACAUUCUGGACACCAAAUUCGACAUGAUCUUGGGCAUGUCAUGGUUGCGAAGCAAGGAUCACCCGGUGAACUUCUUCAACCACACCGUUCACGUUCGUGAUCGGAAUGGAGUAUUAGUUUCAUGCACAGUGCCUCUUCCUCAUCCUUCGAUCAGCUGCCACGUGGUGUCCGCCGCAAGCAUGCGAGCUUCCAUCAUCAGAGACGAUAUCGAGGAGAUGGGGGUGUGUUUUCUCCACGCCCUCUCGCCCCAUGAUGCUUCAUCGACGAACUCACCUUCGGAUCCACGCAUCACCGAGCUUCUCGACGCCUACAGCGACGUGUUCGAAGGCCCGCACAAAGUAGUACCAGAUCGACCCAUCCGCCACGAGAUCAUCCUCGAGGACGGGGUCGUACCUCCGCGCGGUUGCAUCUACCGAAUGAGCGAAGAAGAGUUAAGUGUGCUUCGGGCACAACUCGAUGACCUUCUAGAGAAAGGCAGGAUUCGGCCUAGCUCAUCGCCAUAUGGUGCUCCUGUUCUCUUCGUCCGGAAAAAGAACAAGGACCUGCGGUUGUGCAUCGAUUAUCGCAAGCUCAACGCGCAGACGAUCAGGAACGCCGGCCCUCUCCCACGCAUCGACGACCUUCUCGAGCGAUUGGGUGGCGCCCAGUACUUCUCUAAGCUGGAUCUCAAGUCAGGGUACCACCAACUCGAGAUUCGCAAGGAGGAUCGCUACAAGACCGCGUUCAAGACACAGUAUGGGCAUUUCGAAUGGCUGGUCAUGCUGUUUGGCCUUACGAAUGCCCCAGCCACUUUCCAAGCGGCUAUGACAACGGAGUUCCGACACAUGCUGGAUCGGUUUGUACUCAUCUACCUCGGCGACAUCUUGGUGUAUAGUCGGAGUUUGGACGAGCGUGUGAUCACCUGCGCACCGUUUUGGAGCGGCUACGAUAAGCCAAGUACAAAGCAAACCAUGACAAGUGCGAGUUCGCACAGCAGGAGCUGGAGUACUUGGGACACUAUGUUCACAUGGGUCAUAGACAACAAUCCAUUGACCUUCUACAAGACGCAGGACACGGUGAGCAGCACGAUCAGACGCUGGAUGUACUUCAUCGACCAAUUUGACUUCACACCGAAACAUGUCCCCGACCUCUCCAAUCGCGCAAGAGAUGCACUCUCGCGAAGACCUGAUCUUUGCGCUAUGWCACAUCAUGCCUUCGCAUUCGACGAGGAGCUUCAGCGACACUUCAUCCAGGCAUAUCAGUCUGAUCCGCACUUCGGCACACUCUAUGCACAGCUAUCUUCGGAUCCCCCGCCGGCCAGCCAUUACCGCAUUGCCGACGGGUACUUGCUCCUCCACUCGAGAGGCAAGGACUUACUAUGUGUCCCACGCGACCGUCGUCUUCAGACUCGCCUCCGCGGCGAGUACCAUGAUUCACGACUCACCGGCCAUUUCGGAGUCAACCGCACUAUUGCACGACUUCGACAGCGAUUCCGAUGGCCCGACCUCAUUACCGAUGUCACUCGGUAUUGCGACUCUUGCGAAGUUUGCCGAUGCAGCAAGCCCCGCAACCGCAAUCCCUACGGCGAGUUACACCCGAUGCCUAUCCAACAGGAGCCCGGUCUCUCCAUUGCCAUGGACGUCACCGGUCCGUUUCCUCGCGACCGGCUCGGGCACGAUGACAUCCUCACGGUUGUGGACCGAUUGAAAGACAUUGUCAGCGACCGCGACACUCGUUUCAUGUCGGCGUUUUGGACUACUCUCAUGCAGGAGUCCGGCACAACAAUGAAACCAAGUUCAGCUCGACAUCCUCAGACAGACGGGCAGACGAAGCGGGCACGUCAAACCACUCAAAUGAUGCUUCGUACGCUCAUCCGUCUGGACCAGAAAGAUUGGGUUGACCGCCUCCCCGACAACGAGUUCGCCUACAACGCUUGGGUGCAUCCGGUGAUCGGCGUGACUCCGUUCGAGUUGCACCACGGUGGACGGAAAGGCCGGAUCUUCGCAGACCUUCCCCUCCCUCAACCAGCCGACAUUGACGCUGCCUACUCUCCCGCCUCCGUCCGGAAGUACAGGGAAUUGCUGACUCAAGCCCGCGCAAAUAUGCAAAAGGUUCAAGUCUGCAUGCAGCAGCAAGCCAACAGGCGUCGCGUACCAUGUCCCAUCCGCGCCGGUGAUCUGGUUUGGGUGUCCACGGAAGAGUUUGCACUGGAACAGGAUGUUUCACGCAAACUGCUUCCCAAGUGGUUUGGACCUUGGUCUGUGACAGCAGCCGUGAGCGAUGAGCCCGAUGGCCCUUCAUUUGUGAUCAACAUUCCAGAGCAUCUGACGGUCCAUCCGGUCUUCCACGCCUCGAAGCUGGCAACAUGCACGUCAGCCAAGAGCGACGACUUUCCGGACCGACGAUUGCAGGACCCUCCUUCUAUGGAUGGCCAUCAGGAAGUUGACCGCGUCAUCGCCGAUCGCAAGUACGGCAGCAAGCCGCGACAGUACAAAGUCACAUUCAAAGCAUGCGAUCGCGACGACACUCGGUGGAUUUCAGGCGCAGAUUUGAAAGCAUCCGCACCGCUGAUCUACGCGCAUUAUGAAAAGCGAUGGUUAGCUCAGGAAGCUUCACGACCAGCCCCUCCCACCCGGACUGUGGUCCCUCCCUCAGACAGACAGCUUCGCCCUCGCAGGUAAGCUCGGUUCUUCAAGGAGGGGGGGGUGUGGCAUACUGCGUAGCCACACGG